GACGCAGUCUGUGGCGUCGAGCCCCACCUCGAACCAGUGUGGAGUGCUGGUCUGAGUGAAAAGUUCCGGCGGCGGCUGAGGGGAAGAUGGCGGCGGCCGGUGUGCUAGCCGCCGGGCUGCGCAUGGCGCGCAGGGCGGUCGCGGCCGCGGGGCCGCGGGGGACGCAGGUCCGAGGACGUGCAGGUGUGACUGAUGGGAAUGAAGUGGCCAAGGCCCAGCAGGCAGCUCCUGGGGGAGCAACCCCAACCAUCUUCUCCCGGAUCCUGGACAGAAGCCUCCCAGCGGACAUUAUAUAUGAGGACCAGCAGUGUCUUGUGUUCCGUGAUGUGGCCCCUCAGGCUCCUGUGCACUUCCUGGUCAUUCCUAAGAAGCCCAUUCCUCGGAUUAGCCAGGCUGAAGAGGAGGAUCAGCAGCUUCUAGGACACCUCCUUCUUGUGGCCAAGAAGAUGGCAAAGGCUGAAGGCCUGGCAGAUGGAUACCGGCUUGUGAUCAAUGAUGGGAAGCUGGGCGCACAAUCUGUGUAUCACCUGCACAUUCAUGUACUUGGGGGCCGACAGCUCCUGUGGCCUCCAGGUUGAACCAACCAACCGACUGACCAAGGACCCCAGGCCUGGAUGCUUGGAUGGGGAAGGGCAAAAAGGACCCUGUGAUGCCAAUAAACCUCUCCU